CACACUUCAAUUUCAUUCAACCAAUCGCAGAUGAGAUUGGAACAUUUAUUCUUUAAUCGUAAAAGCUAAGAAUUAUUGGAAUCGGAUUUCAAUUUUAUUUAAUGGUGAAAAAUUUUUGCUAACAGUAUUCGUCGAUUCCAGGCAAUUUUUUAACAACUUGAAGUUAAGCUUCUGAAGCUUAAAAAUCUUUACCUACAACCCCGUUUUCAACGGUAAACUGGUAUGGGAUGGAAGGAACUAAAUGGAAAACAAAUAGAGAACCUUCUUCAUCGAUGCCAAGAUCAAGCUGCAGAUCUCAGCUUAUUGAAAUCAGUAGAACCGUAUUGCGUAAACCUCGAAGAUGACAUGGACACUUCGCCAGUUUUUGUCUGUGAGCUGCAACGAGACUCCGCGGUCCUAGAUAUGCUGGCACUCUGUAAAAUAUUUCAACUCUCAGUUCAAGUCUUCAGUCAGUCUGUGGGUAUAUUCGAUCGAUUUUUAUCAGUUAUCAAGGUUAGACCGAAGUUCUUAAAUUGCAUUAGCCUCAGUUGCAUUUAUCUCGCGCUGCAGGUAGAUCAAUCUAAUUCAGCUGGCGCAGAUUUUAGACCACCAGGUGCUUCCGAUGUUAAUCGAUUCAUUUCUGCCAGUGAGAGUAGGUGCACAUAUUCCGACGUUGUCAGAAUGUCAGGUGUCAUAGCGAAGAAAUUGUGCCUGGAUCUGAAUACCGACUACCCAACGCUAUAUUACGCUUUUCUUCAACUUGGAGAAAUGCUAAAUAUAGGAAACAUUGGUGCAAUCAUAGAUUUUUAUGCUACUUGUCUUUGUUCUCACGAUUUGGUUGUCUUAACGCCCGAUAAGAUGUUCAUAGCCAUUAUUGGAUUGUUUUUGAAAUCGGAUCAUCUGAUCAAAGUCAAACAUGAACUGAAAAUAGAGAACGACACUGAUUUGGAUUGCGCCACAGCAAAAGUUCAAUUAGCUUACGACGACUAUAUUAGGUCCGGUAGACCACAAAAAACGGGGCGCUUCGGUGUUUUGAAGAGGUACAUUUUCAAAAUCAGUCAGAGAACUGGUCAAGCUUUGAUGGCGUCAAAGUCCCGAAUUUUAGCACUUGCCUCUGCAAAUAAUUUAACUCCAAUACAAGAGGAACCAAUCACCUCAGUAGAAGUUGAUGCGUCACUGGCCGAGGCAAAAGAACCAAAUUGCGGAGACGUUAAUGGUGCUAAGGAGAACCAAUUAGUGGAUUGCGAUGAAAAUGAGCCCCCAUUGAAGAAGAAACGUAAAACGCAAAAAUACUCGAAAGUUCCCCUGUGGUUCGUAUUUUCAAAUUCGGCAACUGCUAGGGCCUCGAAACCCUACUAUCAGCAUCUCGUUUCUUCUUGGAGUCCCUGGAGCUCUGCGCCGGACCACGAACUGGAUUCUGUUAAAAGUCAUGACAAGCGACAACUUCUAUCUGUUUUUCUUAUCAACUAAUUCCAAAAUUACUCUAAGUACCUACCUACCUUCACCUGAAAGCGCUCUCGGCCUAGUCUUGUUGAUUCCACUGCUUUAUCCAUGAUGUCUCGAUGGAACGUUCAACAGUCUCAAAAGGGAUAGACGAAUGUGAAACGACACUAGACAAAGCAUUGAUGUACAACUUGACUUUGACCUGGCGCACCAAAAAAAAACAAUUUUAGUUUUAAUUUAUUUCAUUUCAUGUAGAUUUAGCGUUUUAGUGCACAUCUCAGAGUGAAACCCAAAGAGAGUGCCCAAUUUUAAUCCAAUAUUUUUAAGUUUGUCUGGGCUCUGCUGUUUUAUUCAUACUGUUACUUGCAGAGCAAGAUUCAUUAAAACAAUGACCGGACUUGAUUGAUAGUUUUUGUUUGUUGUAACAAUUUUGUUACCUGCCCAGCUCUCUAUGGAAUAUAACAACUGCUACUCAAAUUCAGCUGUCAUUGGGGCUUUUUCAGUUUUUAUUGUUUCAGCGCAAUUUAAGACAUUAACAGCCGGUACUUCAUUAUGAGUUGAGCAAAUACAUGAGAGGCAGUUGUUGAAUUUCCUUCAAAUAUUAGUGUUAAGUGUUGCAUUUCCAAAUCAACGUGUGAAGUUAGUGUUUGAAAGGUUUGUGGAUAAUGUUUUAAGUUGGCGAGAGUUGCAAGCAGUAUGCAGCCUAAUUUGAAUUUGCAAUCUAGAAGACGGUGGUUUUGUGCUAUCCAACCAAUCCAACAGUCUCGAAGUCAGAGCAGAGAUCGAAUUAUAGAUAUACUUGUCCUGUGUUUAGUUUGAAUAGCAGAAUUUAAAUUUAUGUUUAUAUUGAAUGGACCCACUCAUAGACUCUAACCUAUCUCUAAUGCAAUUCCCGUCAGAGCAAUUUAUUGAAAUUGAGAAUUUGAACUUCUCGCCAGUCGCAUCGACGAUGUAGCGUUCUAAUGAAUAGAGAUUUUUUGAAUACCUAUACGUGCAUAUAUCAUCUAGCGAAAUGUUAAUGUUAUUACGUAAUACUGUAAUUUUAGCUGUAGUUUAAAGGACCUUUCUUCAGGCAAAAACAACAACAAAAACCCUAAAUAUACCGUGGUGCUAUUAACUUCUUUCUUUUUUUCGUCUUCUACUCAAUUCAAUACUUUCAAUGAAAAGCCUGUGUGCAAAAACUGUGCUGCAAUUCCAAAAAUUGAAAUUAAUUUUUCAAUUUU